GCCGAGCGUAAACAAAGAGACGACGCCUCUUCACUUUUGUUCCUGUCAUUUUAAUUUGCGCAAAUCUAUCGCAGUGUAAUAAGGGGAGAGGCUAGGGCAAAAUGGUUAGCCUUGCCAGGAGUCCUAGUCGCACAGCUGGGGGUGGCUUUUCCUUUGGCAAUGAAGGUUCCGUCAACUCUGAUGAUGAUGAUAUCCGAAUUUUGCAGCCUGUUCUAGGGAACGGUUGCUUGGAUGAGUUUUUCAAACCACUGAACACAACAACCUGCGCUAUUCUCCAGAUCACGGCAUGCAUAAUUUUAUCAGUAUUGGCCAUUGCCCUGGUCCUUGCCUGGCCCUUGGAUAGGCAUGCUUGCGAGCCGUUCUACUUCAUAGUUUACGCUCAAAUCUUGUUCUGGAUGUUCAUGAUGAUUACCCAUUUCUACAUUGGGAGGUGCCACGAGAAGGUUCGGCAAGCAGGCUACCUGGAUUUUGUGUUAGACCUGAGAAUUUUGUACGCAAUGCCUUCUCACAUUGCUACACUAGGAAACGUGUUUCUCCUCCUAGUUUCAACAAUUGUGCAUGAAAUUUACGGCAUCGACCUCAUCACCAAGUGCGAAAAUCCAGCUUACAAAUUCUUCACGCCUGUUAUUUACAUUGCUGCCGUGGUACUUGUCCAGAACCUGACCAUGAUGCCAUUCCUAGUGUCCUACACAAUGCGGGUGAUGCGAUUCAAUCGUGUUCAACCCCCUCCUGAUGUGCAACGAGAAGAAUGGCUGGCCAGUGUGGUGGAUGACUCACUGUUCAAAAAGGGAGAGGUUGGUUUCAGAGAGCGAACUGACCAAACUGCACUUCUGUUGGAGCAACAAGCUGAUCUGAUUAGGUAUUUGAAGGAGCAUAACGCUCAGCUGGGCCAGAAGCUGGUCCAGCUGAACGCCAGACUGAAUGGAGGGGACGACUGAUACUUUUAGAUACGAAACCCAGUCAAUUUAGCUAUUAAUUCCACGUUAAUAUUAUUUCUCUAAUCUCUGUAGACUAAAUCUCUAUCAUGUACUAAAUAAAACUUUGGAAUUUUAUA